AUGAGUCCGGCCAGGGCCAGCCAUCCAGAGAGUCAGAGCACUGGUCCGAAAAACAACCUGGAAAACCAUCAGGUAGCACACCUCCUCUUUGUUUCGGAGCUCCUUCAUCCUGAUCGGGUCAAGCCACCAGUCCGGCAGCUCAAGGGGCCGGCAUGGUGGUACGUGUCUUUCCUUGCAUCUUCUUUUUCAGCUAGAAAUCUUAAAAUGAGAAGGAUCAUCUUCGGUGGUGCUUUUAUCUUGUUCUGCCUCUCAGGUGUUUCCCCUUAUUUUUUCUAUCCUGUACUCGAAGGUGCUGAAGGUGUGAUUUGUAGAUCAUGCAACCUCUCAAUCCCCUUCCAUGGAUGUCUUUUGGACUUUGGAACCUGCAGAACAAAACCUGGACAGUAUUGUAUAAAAGAGGUCCAUAGUAAAGGUGGAGUUCAAUGGUAUUCAAUUCAAGGCUGUACAGAGCACCAAGAUGAGUGCUUCAAGAGAAUUGUGACAGCUUCUGAAAUUCACUCUACUCACUGCUGCCAUCGUCCUUUGUGCAAUUUUUGA